CAGUAACUACAAACGAAGUGCAUUACAAAAUCGACAAAAGCAUCUACUGAAACCAAUAUUUGAUGCAAAAUUUAAAAAAUGCAUUUGAAGAACAAAUCUAAUAUUCGUUUAUUUUUAAUCACAGCAUAAAAUGAAUGAAGAGAAGUGACUCAGUAUUUAGUUUGAGUGGUGUUAUAUUUUGAUGAUAUAGUAUGUUUCAUUAGUGAAAUGUAAACAUUUUAACGAUGAAGUUUUAUUUACACUCUAAUAAUCAAUAUAUUCACUUGGAAAUUCUGUUGAACAGCAGCAUUAAUACAAUUUAACUUUUUAUAAGUUUUUAGAAUAUUUGGAAAAGCAGCAGUAACCGCUAUUUUUGUUUACUGCUUAAUGCAGUAAAAUUAAAAUAUUUGCCUCACAAAGCAGUUGAUUGUUAUGAGCAUGCCUGUUUUUCAUGUAUGCUUUGCGUGUUUAUUCCAUGUAUUAUAAAUUGAGAUUUCAUCAAUUUGAAAGCAAUUUAAAAUGGCUCCAAAACGCAAACGCUUAACUCUAAAAGAAAAAGUUGAUAUUAUUAAUAUUAUUGAAGAAGAAAAUUUAAGCCUUCGGCAAGCAGCUAAAAGAUUUGAUGUAGGUAAAUCGACAAUCUCUAAUAUUCUGCAAACUAAAAAUGAGACUCUAAAGUACUCAGAAAAAAAUGGUGAUGGCAAAAAUAAAAGGAAAUUUCUGAAAAAUGAAAUGGUAAUAGUCAACAAUGCGGUUUUUAAAUGGUUGCGUCAGGUAAAAUUCAAAAAUAAACCCAUGCCAGGCACCUUGAUAAAAAAGAAGGCGACAGAAAUAGCAGAAAAAAAUAAAUUUACAAAUUUUUCUGUGUCAAAUGAUUGGUUAGAAAAAUUUAGGAAACGUUAUGAUAUUAGUUAUACAUCUAUCUGUGAAGAGAGCGAACGUGUAGAUAUGAUUGUUGUCAAUGACUGGUUUUCAAGAGUGAAACAUAUUUGUAAUGGUUAUGCAGAAAAAGAUGUUUACAAUUUAGAUGAAACUGGAUUAUUUUAUCGAGCACUGCCAGAUGAAACAAUGUUACUCCAAAAUAAAAACUGUAACGAUGGAAAAUUAUCCAAAGAUCGUCUAACGGUUGUUUUAUGUGUAAAUAGUAUUGGUGAAUUUGAAAACCCUGUUAUUAUUGGUAGAGCUGCUCAUCAAUCUUGCUUUAGAAAUAUUGAUAUAGAAUCUUUAGGAAUAGUAUGGAAGAAGAAUACCAAAUCGUGGAUGACGAAAGAUACAAUGAUACAAUAUCUAACCAAUUUGAACAUCAAAAUGAAGGAAGAAGAAAGAAAUAUAUUAUUAUUUAUGGAUAAUGCUGCAUGCCAUCCAUCAUUAAUAUUAUCAAAUGUUAAAAUAGUAUUUUUCCCAGCUAUUACAACUGCAAUAUGCCAACCGUUGGAACAAGGAAUAAUCAAAAAUUUUAAAGUAUUGUAUAGAAAAAAAGUUUUAAGCUCUAUUUUAACAAGAAUUUCACUUGUUUCGUCUGCACACGAUCUAUCAAAGCAAUUGACUGUGCUGGAUGCUAUAAUUUGGAUCAAAGCAGCAUUAUCGGAAAUUAAGCAUGAAACAGUUACUAAAUGCUUCAAUAAGUGCGGGUUUUCUACUUCAUCAGACUACAGUUCAGAUAAUUUAGAUCCUAACGAUGAAUCCAAAUUAGAAGAACUCGUAAAUUCUUUUAAUCCAGACAUUCAUGAUAAUUACGCCUUAAUCGACGAAAAUUUAGUAACAGAAAAAGCUUUGAUAGAAAUUUCAGAUUCCGUUCAAAAAGAAGCAAAUGAAAAAGAAGAUUCGGAGACACAGCAACAGGAGUCAAGAAUUAUAAAUUCUUUAGAAGCUUUAGAGUACAUGAAUAAAUUAAAAAAUUAUUUUUUGCAUCGUAAUGACGUAUCAUCAUUUCAAAGUAUAUGCGAUGCACAAAUGAGUUUUGAAAAUGCCUGUAUCAAGAUAACAAAAUAACAAAAAUCUUGCUAAUUUUUUUGUAU